GCAUUGAGAACCUUCCCUGUGAGCUUCAGAGGAACUUCCAGCUGAUGCGGGAACUGGACCAGAGGACGGAAGAUAAGAAAGCCGAGAUCGACGUCCUGGCUGCGGAGUACAUCUCCACGGUGAAGGCACUGUCAGCCGAGCAGCGCGUGGAGCACCUGCAGAAGAUCCAGAGUGCCUACAGCAAAUGCCGGGAGUACAGCGACGACAAGGUGCAGCUGGCCAUGCAGACCUAUGAGAUGGUGGACAAACACAUCCGCAGGCUGGACGCUGACCUGGCCCGCUUCGAAGCGGAUUUGAAGGACAAGGCAGAGGGCAGUGACUUCGAAAGCUCUGGAGCGCGCGCACUGAAAAAAGGUCGGGGUCAGAAAGAGAAAAGGGGCUCCCGGGGCCGGGGCAGGAGGGCAUCCGAAGAAGACACCCCAAAGAAAAAGAAGCACAAAGCAGGGUCCGAGCUCGCCGACGCCAUCCUGUCCGUGCACCCGUCCGACGUGCUGGACAUGCCCGUGGACCCCAACGAGCCCACCUACUGCCUGUGCCACCAAGUGUCUUACGGCGAGAUGAUCGGCUGUGACAACCCGGACUGCCCCAUCGAGUGGUUUCACUUUGCCUGUGUGGACCUCACCACCAAGCCCAAAGGGAAAUGGUUCUGCCCGCGGUGUGUGCAGGAGAAGAGGAAGAGGAAGUGAGCAGGGCCGAGGCCGGCCUGGAGGGCGAGUUGGCGUGUUCUUGAUCGUGUUGCAAUAUUUCCCUUCGUGUUAGAACUACCUUGUUUGGAUUGAUACCUAAUAAC